CUUUGAACAAACCAACUUUUGGUUUGAGAUAGGAAUUGGAUAACACAAAUCACCUGCUCAUCAUCUCCACACCCCACACACAAAGAUCACUCUCUCUCUCUCUCUCUCUCUCUCUCUCUAAUUUUCAAGAAGCAGAGGAAAUGGGGAUGGUCUCUUUCAUCUCAACAAUCCCUUCUCUGCUUCCUCUCCCAGCUCCCGCCACCACUUCUCCUGCUAUCUCCAGAUACCCAAUUCCUUCUAGUAAAAUUUGCUGCAAGAUUGAAGCUGAUAAUGAUAGUGAAGAUCAAUUUGGUAGAAGGGACAUUCUUAAAUGCUUUGGGGCUACCAUUGGCAUGGAAAUAAUAGCAAGCUCCAGCUCGUUUGUUAAAGAAGCUAAUGCUGCUGAUCUGAUACAGCGCAGACAGCGUUCUGAGUUUCAGUCAAGUAUCAAGAAUACGCUUUAUACAGCUAUAAAGGAAAACCAAUAUCUUAUUCCAUCCUUACUGACUUUAGCAUUGAAUGAUAUCAUGACCUAUGAUAAGGCUACAAAAUCUGGGGGCCCAAAUGGAUCCAUACGGUUCAGCUCAGAGAUUAACAGACCGGAGAAUAAGGUGCUCACUGCCGCGUUGUACUUGUUAGACGAUGCAAAGAAGGAAAUAGAUUCGUAUUCAAAGGGUGGUCCUGUUUCAUAUGCGGAUCUCAUCCAAUGUGCAGCACAAAGUGCCGUAAAGUCUACCUUUCUAGCUUCUGCAAUUCGUAAAUGUGGUGGGAAUGAAGAGAAAGGAAACUUACUAUACACAGCAUAUGGUUCAAAUGGGCAGUGGGGCUUGUUUGAUAGGCAGUUUGGGAGGUCAGAUGCCCCAGACGCAGAUCCAGAGGGGAGGGUUCCCCAGUGGGAGAAAGCAAGCGUUCAGGAAAUGAAAGACAAAUUUGCAGCCGUUGGCUUCGGUCCUCGUCAGCUUGCUGUUAUGUCUGCAUUCUUGGGUCCUGAUCAACUAGCCACUGAGGCAUUAUUGGCUGCCGAUCCAGCUGUUGCUCCAUGGGUUACGAAAUACCAACGAAGCCGAGAAACAGUCUCCGAAACUGACUACGAGGUUGAUCUAAUAACUGCCCUUACAAAGAUGAGUUCCUUGGGCCAACAAAUCGAUUAUGAGGCAUACACAUAUCCUGUUCAGAGAGUUGAUCUGAGCAAGUUGAAACUAUAGAGAUGAAACCAUGUACCCAUGAAGUAACAACUCUAUACCAUUCAUGUGAGUUUUCCCUUUGGAGUUCUUAAGGUUUAGAUAAGUGCAUUCGGCAUCAAAUCCAAGUGUUACAGCAUUCAGGAUUUUAGUUUUGUUAUCGUUUCUAAAGGCAAGUAAUAGUAUCUUCUUAUGGUACAGCCAAGUGUUACUGUAUUUUCUUCAAAAAAAAGAAAGAAGGAAUGUAUUGAGAUUCAUGAACAGGUGAGCAAAACACCGUUGAAACUGCGUUUUUUUUUUUGCUUUUUAGUAGUCCCAUCUGAUUCCAGUCCAGAAAUUGAGAGAACCGAAUUGAACAGUCUAGUUAGCGAAUUUAUGGCACAGUUUCGAUUUGGAAUCCGUCCGAGCUGCAGUUAUCUUGAUGUAAGCAGAUUUUAUAUUUCAACUGGGAUAACCCUAUAAAAUAAGUUCUCUUUC